AUGACAAACAAUGCAGUCAAAUCAUCAGCCCAUAUAUCAGAUCCAAACUUGGCGCACCAUGCCCCAUCUUAUAAUUAUCUGUCUGCUUCAUGGACAACUUAUGGGAUUUCAAUAGGAUCCAUAGCUGGGAAUUUAAUGUUGGAAACUUUGGUACAAAAUGUGACAAGUUUUCUUGUGGGCUGCUCCAAUUUUCAUCCCAGCAACCUGUUGGACUUGCUGGGUUUGGCAGUGAACCAACAUCACUGCCAUCCCAAUUGGGUCUCACCACAUUUUCCUUUUGCUGCUUGUCUCAUGAGCAUGAUGAUGUCAAAGAGCACCAACCUUGUUUUGGACAACGCAACUAUGGUAGGGCUCAGCUACACACAAUUGCUCAAGAGCCCUAUGUUUGCAGGAAGCUCACCUUUUUCAGGGUACCACUAUGUGAAGCCCGAGGAGAUUAUGGUAGGGCACAAGCACAUCAAAAUCCCAAGCAAAUUUGUGGUUCCAGGAUAUGAAGGAAGUGGGGGGAUAAUAAUUGACACUGGGGCAUCUCUCACAUUCAUGGAGAAGUCAAUUUUCAUUUUGGUGGCACAGGAGUUUGAGGAUCAAAUGGCUGAUCAUGAAAGAGCGGUGAUGUAG